AAUCACACAGAUUUAUUUGCGAAGGUGAGUCGUAAACCCUAAAGUAACCUUUUGUAACCCGAAUACGACACAGUCACCAGUGCACAAGAAUCCAAGAUGGCGAUGCGCGUACCAAAAGCGCCGGGUCUGGCGCAAAUGCUAAAAGACGGCUCCAAGACAUACCAUGGUCUGGAGGAGGCUGUGUACAGGAACAUUGAUGCCUGUCGUGAGCUGGCCAAAACGACGCGGACUGCCUACGGACCCAACGGAAUGAAUAAGAUGGUGAUCAACCAUCUUGAGAAGCUGUUUGUGACCAACGAUGCAGCCACCAUCAUGAAAGAACUAGAGGUCCAACACCCCGCAGCUAAGAUGAUCAUCCUGGCCUCACAGAUGCAGGAACAGGAAGUCGGUGAUGGCACCAACUUUAUCCUGGUGUUUGCCGGCGCCCUCUUGCACAAUGCUGAGGAACUGCUCCGAAUGGGUUUGUCUCCAACAGAAGUCAUUGAUGGAUACAACAUGGCAGCAAAGAAAGCCCUUGAAAUCUUGCCAGAUCUGGUGUGCGGUGAAGUGAAGGACCUUCGGAAAAGUGAGGAGGUUUUCAAGGUCAUUCGAACGGCGGUUGCCAGCAAGCAGUACGGAAACGAGGACUUCCUCUCUAAUCUCAUCACCAAAGCAUGCAUUAUGGUGCAUCCCAAGAAGUCAGCUUUCAAUGUGGACAGUGUCCGAGUCUGCAAAAUGCUGGGCUGUGGAGUUUACCAGUCCACAGUUAUCCAGGGCAUGGUCUUCAAGCGGGAGGCAGAAAGCGACCUCGUCAAGGCCAAAGAUGCCAAGAUCGUUGUGUACACGUGUCCGUUUGACAUGGGGAACACAGAGACCAAAGGCACGGUCCUCAUCAAGUCUGCCAAGGAGCUGAUGGACUUCAGCAAGGGGGAGGAAGGUCUGAUGGAUGCGAUGGUAAAAUCGAUAGCAGAUACUGGCGCCAAGGUUGUCGUGUCUGGCGGGAAAGUGGCGGACAUGGCGCUCCACUACGCCAACAAGUACGGCCUGAUGGUGGUCCGGCUCAACUCCAAGUUCGACCUGCGCCGUCUGUGUAAGGCCGUGGGAGCCACCGCUCUGCCCAGGCUGACCCAGCCCACAGCUGAGGAACUGGGCCACUGUGACAUGGUCUACUCUGACGAGAUCGGCGAGGACAAAGUUGUCGUCUUUAAACAAGAGAAAGAAGAGAGUGCCCUGGCCACCAUUGUCAUCCGGGGUUCAACAGAGAACAUCAUGGAUGAUAUUGAACGUGCCAUUGAUGAUGGUGUGAACAACUUUAAAGUCAUCACGAGGGACCAACGGCUGCUACCUGGUGCAGGGGCUACAGAGAUCGAGCUGGCCAGGCAGCUAGCAUCGUAUGCAGAGACUUGCCCAGGUUUGGAGCAGUACGCCAUCAUGAAGUACGCUGAGGCAUUCGAGUCACUCGUAAAAGCAUUAGCAGAAAACUGUGGCAUCAAGAGCCAGGAGCUGAUAGCCAACCUGUAUGCUGAACACCAGCAGGGCAGGAAGAACGUUGGCUUUGACAAUGAGGGGGAGGGAGUCGCAGUUAAAGAUGUUGCUGAGGCCAAUAUCCUGGAGCCGUUCCUAACCAAGAUGUGGGGCAUCAGACUAGCCUCUAACGCCGCGGCUACGGUACUGAAGGUGGACCAGAUAAUUAUGUCCAAGCCAGCGGGAGGUCCCAAACCCAGAGAGAAGGCAGACUGGGAUGAUGAUGACUGAUCUGGUAGCAACGUGCCUAUCCUACAGGACUUUGUAGUCUAGCUUUCACCCGUGUAUGUUUGAAUUGGUAUUUAAUGAUAGUACAUGUAGCAGGGGACCACAAAGAUGGAACGGAAAGGUGAAAAAGCCGUUAGUGUCCUGUGCGAUUAUUGUCCAGUUUUGAAUCCACUGCAACUGUGGAAGAAGUUUGAUGAUAAACUGUCUGCCUUUUCACAAUUCUGGGGACUGUGCAGAGAGAUGGAUCGAAGGAAGUAUGAGAUUACCAAGACAUUAUUUGCAAGAAACCGAAAUGCCUCUGUGUUACUUUACAUUUGCAAGGAUUCCCUAUAUCUACUAAACAUUUAUUCAUAGUUUCAAACGGGUGGUCGAUCAAUGGACAUUAAAGUUCUUUUUUCAUGACUAAAAGUGAAAUACCUGCUGACAUUUUGCAAACAAUAAGUGCAGCCUUGUGUCAAACAGUGAAUGAGGCCUUGUCUCAAAUAUUGCGUGGGAUCUUGUCUCCUACUAGGUUAGAAGAAUACAGUCCCAGACAGGAUGAGGGGGCUAAAAACUCAGUCAUGAUUGGGACUGUAUUCUUCUUGAUGCAGCGCUGGUAGUCAGAAAACGUCACUAUUACCCUCAUGUCUUAGGAAAGUAUCAUAUGGACUAUUGAAAUAUUGCAAGUAUGCCUUUGGUUGUUUGAAAAGAACUCUAAUAUCUCCUGUUCUGAACUUUGCAUGACAUUGGAAAAUUUGAUAGCAUUAGCAACAUUGAAUUUUCUGUUUUUGUCACAAGUAAUGUUAUGUGUACAAAUUGUUGAAUCUCUAUGAUAGCAACUUUUGUAUCAUAUUACAUGUGUACUUCUCGUGGGGAAAUAUCGCAUUCCAAAUAUGAAGUAGAACUUUUCAAAUGUGCACAUGAAGUUGUUCGCAGCAUCGAAAGCCAUACAGGUGCUAGAUGUAGAUCAUUAGCUUUUCUACUUAUUACAUGUACUUUCUUUUCUAUCAAAGGUGCAUUUCCCCAGUUAUAUUGUGCUGUGUGUGUUUGUGUGAUUAUGAAUUGUGACACCAAAAGACUUGUUAAGUGCAAGAACAUCUUAUGAUGAAUAUUCAAUGCUAUUUGAAAGAUUGAAAAUAAAUGACAAAAUAACUGUCAUA